AUGUCCAAAUAUAAAAAUACGCUUCAAGGAAUCACUAAUACUGCAUCGGUGGCAGUCAAAGUAGGCAUAUUUUCUAUUCUCCUUCGGGAAUAUUUGUUUGACGUUGCAAUUCCUUCUGGCCCGUCCAUGUUUCCCACGCUCAACACAAGUGGCGAUGCAAUUUUGAUCCAAAAAAAAAGGGCUCGCUGCAGCAGGCCAUUUGAGCUAAAUGAUGUGAUAACAGCGAUCAGUCCAAUUGAGCCCAAGAAAAUAAUUUGCAAAAGGAUCUCGGCAAAGGAAGGCGAAUUGGCCGUUACCAUUGGCCACGAGCACAUGAUUAUUCCAAAAGGACAUGUGUGGCUUCUUGGAGACAAUCCAGAAGAGUCGAUAGACUCCAGACACUAUGGCCCGGUUCCGAUUGGGCUGAUCCAAGGGAAGGCCAUUUGUAAGAUUUUGCCACUUUCAAAUAUAUUUGCAGCGUUGUAA